GCCCAGUGUUGUAAAUAUAAGACCAGUUCGAUCCUGAUCACUUGUUUUUCUCUCUCGCACACACACACACACUCUCUCUCUCUCUCUCUCUUUUUCAUCUUCAUAACUCCCCUCUCUACAGCAUCCCCAUCUUUUCUUCCAGACCAAUAAACACUGCCUUUGUUGCUCAUUUCCGUAUCCCUUCUUUCUCAAGAAAAGAUGAUCAAAAGCUUGGACGAGGCGUUUGUACGGGGUUACCACUUCAUCCAGCAACACAUCGUCCCGGCUUACCAAAGAGCUCGGCACAGAUACUUCCAGCUACCUUUCUGGGUCCAGAUCAUCGUGAAAUGCUUCCUGUUCCUGAGUGUCUGCCCGAUCAUCUGCUUCCAAUGGUUCUUGGCCGUAGUCAUACUCGACAGCUUUGUCGUCGGUGCACUCGUCUUCAUCGUCGUUGAGGCAACGUUCGCCAUGUUCGCGGGCGCAUUCUUGUUGUUGUCUCUGUACGGGGCGUUGGUGAUCACGUUCGGUAUCGGCAUAAACCUAUUCCUACUUCAGAGCGCCUACAAAGUUACGCUGUAUCUUGUUCAGGAUCCCCGUCGCCGGAUUAAGGAGAGAGGGAGUUAUGCAGAUGUUGUGAAGCACGGGAUCUGAGGAUGGGGAGGUUGGGGGGUCCGGGCACGGCGGUAUAGGCUUUGUCAUUGCAGUGGGCGCCUAAAGGUCGGUCGGUGUGGAGUCAUGAUGGUAGGAACGUGGGUGGAUGUGGAUGCGGAGGUGUAGUGUUUUGGUAGUUUUUUUUUGUAGGUUGAGAGAGAAAAUAUGAAAUAAAAGAAUGUUGCGUGCACUACAGGAUCAUGUUGCAACCGA